AUGAGGCGAUCACGAGCAAAGGUUGGAGCGUCCCUCUUGGCAGCUGUCUUCGCUCUGUCGAGGUUGCCUGCCCUCUUGAGCUGCUUCACGGCUGGAAGCCGAGACCGUAGCUGGUCCCCACAGCUUCGACAUCCGCAAUGCGGCCUGCGCUCUCGGCUGUGUGCUUUGGCAUCGGCGACGGAGGAGAAUGAGUGGCAGCGCUUUGCUGAAUGGGUUGCUGCUAGAGGUGGCGACAUGGCCAACGUGGAGAUAGCAGACAUCGAUGGAAUGCGUGGUCUCGUCGCCGCGCGAGACAUCGCGGAGAACACUUCAAUCGUGGAGAUUCCCCUCACUGCAUCCAUAGACAUUUCCGAGCCCGGGAACGACGCCGAUCCUAGUGCUCAGGCCCUGAACCUUCUCAAGUUCCUGGAUGAUCCAGAGUUGAAGCCGUACAUGGAUCUUCUGCCAGGACGGACAUCACCGGACAUCAGCAGGAUGCCAGACUUCUUCUCGGAGGAAGAGCUGAAGAUGUUGCAGUGCCCGGAAGUCGUCCACAAGACACAUCGGAGACAGCAGCUGUGCGCAAAGCGUGCCGACGAGUCAUCUUUGGACACGGAAGACGUCAAGUGGGCAUUGUGCACUGUUGCACAACGUGCCUUCUCGGUCGUAUCCCCGAUAGAUGGCCUGCUGCGCCUCCUCCUGCCAGGCAUUGACCUCUUCAACCAUGAUGCGCAUGCGUUACACGAGAUGAGGGUACGCUGGACUUUGGCGGGCCUCGUGACUGCCACAUUCAAGGUUGUUGCCAGAUCUCCGAUAAAGAAGGGCGAGGAGAUUCGGAUCUGCUACGGUGGUAAUCCGUUCCGGCCGGACGGCUGUGGCGGCGAUUGCACUGGCGACAUGGCCUUGACCAAUGCGGCGUAUUUGCAGCGAUAUGGCUUUGUGGAUGACUGCUUCGGCACCACCAUGGUGGAUGGCAAGUGGCUGGUGAAGCCAGAGUCAGAGCCAAUCCGCGAAAGCCUGGUCGAGACCAGCGCAGAAGAGGACGAGAAGCUGUUGUCCGACGGCUCGCUGUCCAUUCCGGCCAAGACCGCCAUCCAGUUCCGGCGGCAGCUUAAGAUUGCGCUCAAGGCUCAGCAAGAGGCGGACGCGUUAAAGGCCAAAGCAGAGGCAGCCAAGAGCGAGGAACAGAAGCAGGCAGAAAGAGAAGCGAAGGAGAAGGCCGAAGAGGAGGCCCGGCUAAAGGAGGCGAACGCGGAGGAGGCUCGCAAGCAGCUCUUUGCAGCCUUGGAGGCCAGGCGUUGGUCGAAUCUCAGCUAUGGCAGAGAAUACCCAUAUGCUGCCCAUGUGGCGGAUGUUGCACUUGACUGCACUGGACAGCACAUUGUAGUUCUGGAAGCUCCGGACGGCAGCGUUGUUGAUGAUGUUGAUGCAGCUCCACUUUGGCUCUCACUUUUGACCUACAAGCAUUGUGAUAAGCUCUCAUUAUUCCUCUGGCAGAUGAAGGCCAUAUUCACCGGAUGGCGGGGCGUAUGGCGAGGCUUCGAUGAUGCUGAGAGCCUGAGGGAGGGGAGGCAUUUUGCGCCAAGCCACGAGAUCCGGCAGUCGUUUGCCAUUCAGAAGCCCAGAGAGCUACAGGUACUUGUAGAAAGAGACAGAGUCGCCAUGGCGGGAUUGCAGGUCCUGAAGCCAUCGAGCUUGGAGGCAACGCACUUGUUGAAGAUGUGCAGCUUCAUCCUUCGCCUGGGGGUGCUGGUCCUUGUUCUGGGGGCCGGAAUGCUGUUGCUUUCCACGCAAGACGAGAAUACCCUGGCGAUCCGCAAGGCAAUGACCGGCACUGUGUCAGACAGCACCUGCUUCUUCAUUACAAGCAAGGACUAUGGCCUCAGCGGGCGUGACAUGCAGCUGGGUUCUAUCAACUUGGGAGAUCGAACAUACUGUGGAGUGGCUGCUGAUGCUAUUGCAGCAGAAGUCGAGUCGGUGAUUGACACGUUGCAGCAAAACGAAUGGAAGGAGAGUUGCUUGCCGAAUCUCCUCCCGGGCAGUAGUGACGGCUGUCCCUGCAAUCCUGACAGCCAGGCUUGCCCGCAGGCCGAAACGCUGUCCUUUGAAUACUUGUUCCAGUUCUUCGGUGCAAUGUGUUUGGGUGGCGCCUUCGAAUUUGAAUCCUUGCUUGCCUUGGGCAACAGCAUGUAUUCACAGAAAGACAGUGAAGACGGCGAAGAUGACACUUCAACAUGUGGAGCCACAGGAGACUUCAUGCUAAAGGAGGCUUGGUCGUACCUGCUCUUGACUGUCCUGCCGCAGUACAUACUCCAGCCAAUUGGCUCGGUGAAAACGCUGCCCAAGCCGGCAGACAAGGUCCUUCUGAUUCGGACCCCUCCCGACUACGCCUUCCUGCAGUUGUGGAGCUUCGUAAUCCUGCCCCUUGUGACCUCGCUCUUGUGCUACACCUGCCUAUGCCAGUGCAAGCAGAGGCUUCAGGGCGAGCCAGGCAAGAAGGCUCGGUUGGGUUGCUGCUUCUUCGCCAGCCUUGGCUUUGCUUUGCCGGUCGCCAUCUUAGUUCCCAUCGGUUACUUCCGAAUGGGAAAUUACUUCUUCAUUGACUGGAGCUUCCACUUUUCCUUUGGCCUCUCGUUCGUGAUGCCGGCCAUGAUCGCAAAGCUUCUGCUGGGAAUGCUGGCAGUUGUUGACACCUUCAACUUGGCAUUGAAGAUGAUCAAGGCGCUGGUGAAGCGGGACAAGGCAUCCAUUGCUCACGCAGCAGUAUUGUGA